GUCAUGGUCCCCGACGAUACUUCGGCUAGCACAGGCAUUAAUGGGGUAGUGGUAACCUGGGUCGUUGCCAUCGACCCGCCGGGGGUUCGAUUCCCUCUUAAUGCACUAGCAUUCUACUAUGUUUUUACUGCUCGGUUUUCUUUAACUCUUGUUUUCAAACUACAACAACUCGCUGCAUGCUGAGUGCAAAAGCCAAAGUUCUUCCAUAGGUUGGUUGGAGACUCUUGGGUUGGUAACCGUUGGUUACCUCGAAUCCAUGGGUGAUCGAACGCAAGCCUCUGCCACCAUAUUUCUACCAGCCAUCCUGAAAAUAUGUCCUUAAAUUUUAUUCCCCCGAGUUUCCUAUACAUCACGCCAUGUUCACCCAUCUAUUGGUGUUGCUUUGUGCAUCUGUCUCCAUGAUCGCGACACCUGCUCCCGAACCCAACGUUGUAGUCGUUGGCCAGAAUGUAGGAGGCUGCGCAUCGGGGUUCCCGACGUGUUGUGCUGCUGUCAGCGAUGAUUAUAGUUCAGGUACGGGGUGCACGACGGUUCCCACUGUGAAUGCAUGUGGUAAUUCAAUGACCGUACUCUGCUGCCAGGAUGCCAGCACUGUGGAGAUGAUCGGAGCAGCAGGGAAUUGCACUCGUUAGUUCUAAAGAUAUACCUGCUGUGUUUGUAAAAUUUUCGUGCCGUGACACGGUUGCAAGCGAAUGAUUUAUAGAAUGCCACCCACUAGACAAUCAAUUUAUUUCUUCG